GUUUUUUACUUUCGCUUUCAGAGCUGCUUGUGUCGCGGCAGGAACAUAGACUGUAUGGGCAGGAAUUGCAGCAGGUUUCUAAACCCAGCAGUUGGUUUCCAGUUGAGUCAGUCUCUGAUGUUUCCAGCAGAGUGACAUCAGAGACAUUAUGGCAACUUCAGAAACAGUGACAGAAGAUCUGAAACCAUUGAAGCGGAGCAGCAGCUAUGAAUGGCUGCCACCUGAUAUGUCUGAGCUGAGGGUUGUUCUGCUGGGGAACAGCUGGUCUCAGAGGAGUUCAGUGGGGAACAUCAUACUGGGAGAGACUAAGUUCAACACUGAGGAAGAACCAGACUGCUGUCUGACAGAAAGAGGACAGAUAAAGGACAAAGAAAUAGUUCUGAUCAACACUCCAGAUCUUCUGCAUCUCAACAUCUCUGAAGACAAACUGUCAGAACAUGUAGAAGACUGUGUGAGACUCUCUGAUCCUGGACCUCAUGUGUUCCUGCUGGGUCUACAGCCUGAAGACUUCACUGAGGAACACAAACUGAGACUCUGCAGAGUCCUGAAACUCUUCAGUGAUCAAUCAUUUGAUCAUUCAUUGAUACUGAUAUCAACACCCAGAGAGGAGAGUUCAGGUUUCAAAGAUGAACCAGACCAGCCCUUAAAAGACAUGAUCAGAAUGUGUAGAUACAGAUACCUGAAGCAGAAGAACCUUGAAUGUCCAGAGCUGUUAACACGACUGGGUCAAACUGCAAAGGAGAACAAUGGAGAGCAUGUGAGCUGUGAUGUGUCUGAGGAUGCAUCAAAGUCUGAACCCAUCAGAGCAGCUUUAAACCUGGUCCUGUGUGGGAGGAGAGGAGCAGGGAAGACUUCAGCAGCCAAGGCCAUUUUAGGUCAGACAGAGCUUCAUUCAGUCUCCAGCUCAUCAGAGUGUGUUAAACAUCAGGGAGAGGUGUGUGGACGUUGGGUUUCCCUGGUGGAGCUGCCUGCCUUGUAUGGAAAACCUCAGGAGGCAGUGAUGGAGGAAUCAUUCAGGUGUAUCUCCCUCUGUGAUCCUGAGGGCGUCCAUGCCUUCAUCCUGGUCCUACCUGUGGGUCCCCUCACUGAUGAAGACAAGGGAGAGUUAGAGACCAUCAGGAACACAUUCAGCUCUCGAGUCAAUGACUUCACCUUGAUCCUGUUCACUGUGGAGUCAGAUCCUACAGCUCCACCUGUUGUUAACUUUCUAAAGGAGAACAGAGACAUCCAGGAGCUCUGUCAGAGCUGUGGAGGAAGAUAUGUUGUUCUCAACAUCAAGGACCAGCAGCAGAUCCCAGAGCUGUUGGAUGCUGUGGAAAAGAUGAGAGCCUACGAGGAUAAACCACACUGUUAUACAACAGGCAUCUUUGCACAUGGCAAGAUGGAAACAAUCCUCCAACAACAGAAACACAUCACCACAUUGCAAGAUGAGCUGAAUGAACUGAAGACAAAGAGCACAGUCACUUGUGAUGAUGAGGAGCAGAGCCCAGAGUGUCUCAGGAUUGUGCUGCUAGGGAAGACUGGCAGCGGGAAGAGUUCUUCAGGAAACACCAUCCUAGGAAGGAAGGAGUUUAAAGCCAAAUCAAGCCAAACAUCAGUCACCAAACACUGUCAGAAAGCAGUGGGUGAGGUGGACGGUCGUCCUGUUGCUGUGGUCGACACUCCUGGUCUGUUUGACACAACUUUGUCCCAUGAAGAGGUUCAUGAGGAGAUGGUGAAAUGCAUCAGUCUUCUGGCUCCAGGACCACAUGUCUUCCUGUUGGUGUUACAAAUCGGCAGAUUAACACCAGAGGAGAAGGAGACAUUAAAACUCAUCAAGGAAGGCUUUGGGAAGAAUGCUGAACAGUUCACCUUCAUUCUUUUCACCAGAGGAGAUGAACUGGAACAUGAUGAGAUCACGAUUGAAGAAUACAUUGAAGAAACAUGUGAUGACUCCUUUAAGAAGCUGAUUGCUGACUGUGGAGGAAGAUACCAUGUGUUCAAUAACCAUGAUGAACACAACCACACACAAGUCAGUGAGCUGAUGACCAAGAUUGACACCAUGGUGAAGACAAAUGGAGGCAGCUGCUACACUAAUGAGAUGCUGCAAGAGGCCGAGACAGCUAUAAAGAAAGAGAUGGAGAGGAUCCUGAAGGAGAAGGAAGAAGAGAUGGAGAGAGAGAGGGAGGAGCUGAGAAGAAAACAUGAGGAAGAAAUGCAAGAGAUGAAAAGAAGAAUGGAAGAACAGAGAGAAGAGACUGAGAAAGAGAGAAAACUGAGAGAAAAACUACUUCAAGAAAAGGAGGAGAGGAUCAACAAGGAACGUGAGGAGAGAAAGAAAGAACAGGAAAUGAGAGAAGAAGAAGACAGGAAGAGAAAACGUCGGGAGAAAAUUCAACGACAGGAGUGGAAACAAAAAUUUGAAGCUUUGGAGCAAAAAUUAAAGUUAGAGUUAGAAUUAAAGGAAACUACUGACAGAAGGCUGGAGGAGAGCAGAGAAGAGAUGAGGAAAGAACGAGAGAACUGGGAGAGAAAACAAAAAGAAUGGUGGGAGAAACGAUAUGAAGAAGAUGAACAAAGACGACAAGCAGAGCAAACAAGACUGAAAAAGCUUCAAGAAGAAUAUGAUCAGGAGAGAGAGAGAUAUGAAAAGAAGAGAAAAGAAGAGGAGCAACUCAGAAGAGAACAAGAGGAAAAAGAGAGAAAAGACAUGGAGGAGAACUAUAAGAAGAAAAUGGAGAAUCUGAUGAAGAGACAUGAAGAGGAGGCCAGAGAGAAAGCUGAAGAGUUCAAUGAAUUCAAAGAGAAAUACAAGAAGGAAUGUGCAGCUCUAAAGCAGGAGCAUGAGAGACAACUGAAAGACAAAGAGCAGCAGUAUGACCUCUUAAAGUUCCAUAGUUAUGAGAGCACGCUGGAAGAGUCAGGUGUCCUCACACUUUCCCACCUGUCCCAGUCACCUGACUCCCACCUGCCCACCUGUUUCCACUUCCCCUCAUCAGCCCUGCAGAUCAUAACCAACCCUUGUGCCAUCCACAUAUCUGAACCAGUGGUUAGGAGCAGUUUUCCAGAUGUCAUGGACCCUGAGCCUCUGAUGUUUUCACUGGAGUACAGCAUGGCGACUGCAGCAUCAGAUGAUGAGAAUGAUUUGGAUCCCCCGACAUGCAGCAGCCCUGACUCUGAGCGUCCUCUCUUCAAAGAUGAACAUCAGCCACUGAAGCACAGCAGGAGCUAUGAAUUUCUGCCACCUGACUUGUCUGAGCUGAGGGUUGUUCUGCUGGGGAACAGCUGGUCUCAGAGGAGUUCAGUGGGGAACAUCAUACUGGGAGAGACUAAGUUCAACACUGAGGAAGAACCAGACUGCUGUCUGACAGAAAGAGGACAGAUAAAGGACAAAGAAAUAGUUCUGAUCAACACUCCAGAUCUGCUGCAUCUCAACAUCUCUGAAGACAAACUGUCAGAACAUGUAGAAGACUGUGUGAGACUCUCUGAUCCUGGACCUCAUGUGUUCCUGCUGGUUCUACAGCCUGAAGACUUCACUGAGGAACACAAACUGAGACUCUGCAGAGUCCUGAAACUCUUCAGUGAUCAAUCAUUUGAUCAUUCAUUGAUACUGAUAUCAACACCCAGAGAGGAGAGUUCAGGUUUCAAAGAUGAACCAGACCAGCCCUUAAAAGACAUGAUCAGAAUGUGUAGAUACAGAUACCUGAAGCAGAAGAACCUUGAACGUCCAGAGCUGUUAACACGAUUGGGUCAAACUGCAAAGGAGAACUAUGGAGAGCAUGUGAGCUGUGAUGUGUCUGAGAAUGUAACACAAAGUUUACCUUGUGAUCAAGAAAGCCUUAAAAAACCAGAAGACGUCUGUUCUAAAUUGGAUCCUACAAAAGCUUUUGUUCCCAGAAAAACAACCUUGUCCCACCAGUCAAAGGAACUAAGGAUUGUGAUGUUUGGAAGGGAGGUCAAAAAGAAGACACUUUGCAACUUCAUCGUUGGAAGCAAACAAAUCCAACAUAAAAUAACCCCAAACAAGCAAUGUGAGGUCGCCCAUGGAGAGUGGAGAGGACAGCCUUUGAAAGUCGUGAAAACUCCAAACAUGUUCAGUCUGUCUGUGGAAGCCUUUAGAGAAGAGAUGAGAAGCUGUGUCAGUCUUUGUCAUCCUGGACCAAAUGUUCUGCUGCUGUUAGUGAAGUUGUCUGAGUUCACUGAGAAGAAAAGAAAAACACUGAAGUUCAUCCUGAGUUUGUUUGGUCAAGAUGUCUUCAAACACUCGAUGGUCAUCAUGACACACGAGGAGAGUAAGGCAAGCUCUGCUGUCAGUCAGCUCCUUGAAGACUGUGGAGGGAGACACUACAACAUGGUUAAAAGUGACCGCCAGCUGUUAAUGGAGAAGAUUGAGAACAUUGUGCGUGAAAACAAAGAAGCCUUCCUCACCUUCACUGAAGAGCCCAUCAGACCAAAGUCUGAACCCAUCAGACCAAAGUCUGAACCCAUCAGAGCAGCUUUAAACCUGGUCCUGUGUGGGAGGAGAGGAGCAGGGAAGACUUCAGCAGCCAAGGCCAUUUUAGGUCACACAGAGCUUCAUUCAGUCUCCAGCUCAUCAGAGUGUGUUAAACAUCAGGGAGAGGUGUGUGGACGUUGGGUUUCCCUGGUGGAGCUGCCUGCCUUGUAUGGAAAACCUCAGGAGGCAGUGAUGGAGGAAUCAUUCAGGUGUAUCUCCCUCUGUGAUCCUGAGGGCGUCCAUGCCUUCAUCCUGGUCCUACCUGUGCGUCCCCUCACUGAUGAAGACAAGGGAGAGUUAGAGACCAUCAGGAACACAUUCAGCUCUCGAGUCAGUGACUUCACCUUGAUCCUGUUCACUGUGGAGUCAGAUCCUACAGCGUCAGCUUUUGUUAACUUUCUAAAGCAAAACGGAGACAUCCAGGAGCUCUGUCAGAGCUGUGGAGGAAGAUAUGUUGUUGUCAACAUCAAGGACCAGCAGCAGAUCCCAGAGCUGUUGGAUGCUGUGGAAGAAAUGAAACUGAGACCCAAUCAAGAUGAAGCAUGCAGCUACACUAGAGAAACAUAUGCAUAUGUCCAGAUACAAAAGAUCAUAAAACAAGACAAACACAUCAGCACGCUACAGGCUGAACUGAAGGACCUGAAAACAAAAAGCAUGGCCAGCUGUGAUGAUGAGCAGCAGAGCCCAGAGUGUCUCAGGAUUGUGCUGAUAGGGAAGACUGGCAGCGGAAAGAGUUCUUCAGGAAACACCAUCCUAGGAAGAGAUGAGUUUGAAGCCGAAGCAAGCCAAACAUCAGUCACCAAACGUUGUCAGAAAGCAGUGGGUGAGGUGGACGGUCGUCCUGUUGCUGUGGUCGACACUCCUGGUCUGUUUGACAAUAGUUUAACUCAUGAGGAAGUCACUGAGGAGAUGGUGAAAUGCAUCAGUCUUCUGGCUCCAGGACCACAUGUCUUCCUGUUGGUGUUACAAAUCGGCAGAUUAACACCAGAGGAGAAGGAGACAUUAAAACUCAUCAGGGAAGUCUUUGGGAAGAAUGCUAAGAAGUUCACCUUCAUUCUUUUAACUGGAGGAGAUAAACUGAAGCGUGAGAAGCGGACCAUUGAGCAGUACAUUGAAAAAAAAUGUGAUCAGUCAUUUAAGAAUAUGAUUACUGACUGUGGGGGAAGAUACCAUGUGUUUGAUAACUAUGAUGACGGCAACCGCAUGCAAGUCAGUGACCUGAUAACGAGGAUUGACACCAUGGUGAAGACAAAUGGAGGUGGCUGCUACACUAAUGAGAUCUUUAAAGAGGCCGAGGCAGCUAUAAAGAAAGAAGUGGAGAAAAUUCUAAAGGAGAAGGAAGAAGAGAUGAGGAUAGAGAGGGAGAAACUUCAAAGAAAACAUAAGGAAGAAAUGGAAGCAAUGAAAAGAAGAAUGGAAGAACAGAGAGCAGACAUUGAGAAAGAGAGAAAACUGAGAGGAAAACAACUCAAAGAAAUGGAGAAAAACAUCAACAAAGAACGUGAGGAGAGAAAGAAAGAACAGGAAAUGAGAGAAGAAGAAGACAGGAAGAGGAAACAACAGGAAGAAUUACAACAACAAGAGUGGGAACAAAAAGUUGAAGCUUUGGAGCAACAAAUAAGAUCAGAGUCAGAAUCCAAGGAAACUACUGACAGAAAGCUGGAGGAGAGCAGAGAGGUGAUGAAAAGAGAAAGAGAACAUGAGGAGAAGAAACAAAAAGAAUGGUGGGACAAACGAAAUCAAGAAAAUGAACAGAGACGACAGGAAGAGCAAACGAAACUGAAAAAACUUCAAGAUCAGUAUGAUCAGGAGAGAGAAAAGUAUGAAGAGAAAAGAAAUGAAGAGGACCGACUCAGACAGGAGCAGGAGGAGAAGAAGCUGAAAGAGUUGGAGGAAGACUAUAAGACAAAACUGGAGGAAAUGAAGAAUAAGUACGAGGAGGAGGCCAGAAAUAAAGCUGAAGAGUUCAAUGAAUUCAGAGAGAGUAAAGAAAGGGACUUUGCAGCUAUGAUCAAAGACCACAUGAAUUAUGUCGAGCAUCUAAAGGAACAGCAGGAGAGAGACAUGCAAAAGAAAAAAGAGGAAUACGACAGGUUGAACGAUCUCUCAACCCACAAAGAAGAAAGUCUGAAACAAGCCAUGGAUAAACUACAGGACAAACACAAACAAGAAAUGGCCGACUUGAUACUGAUACUUUUGUCCCAGAAGAAAGAAAACAGGAGGAAAAUAAGGGCAAUGCAGGAAGCACACAAAAAAGAGGAGGAGAACCUUAAAAAAGAUCUUUUAGCCCAAAACAAAAGAAAAGAGAGGGAACAAAUGGAGAAACUGAGGAAAAAACAGAAUCAAGAAAUGAAAGCCCUGGACAAGGAAGUUUCAACCCAAACCAAAGACGAUAAGCGCGUAAGACGGGAGACACUGUCCAUCGAACAUGCGCAACAAAUUAUUGAUCUGAAAAUGGAAUUUCUGACGCAACAGCAACAAAACCAGAAGGAACAGCUGAACAAAUUAAAGAAAGAACAUGAGCAAAAAUUGGAUGAAUUCAAACAGAAACUUCUGGAAGAAAACGAAAGAAAUGAGAAAGAAAAAAUAGAGGAACUGCAGAAGAAUCAUGAACAAGAAAUGGAGGCGCUGAAGCAAGUUAAGAGCCCGGACAAAGACGAUCAGGAGGAAGAGCUGGAUGAACUGCAGAAAAAACACAAAAAAGAGAUGAAUGAGCUGAAAGAGAAACUUUUGACCCCACAGGAGCAACAGUCCUGCAGCAUCGCAUGAACAAUCGUAAUUAUUUCAAUGUCACACUAAUGCCAACCUGGGUCCUGCAGUCAGAGACUUGUCAUCAUCUUUGAUGUAUACAGUAUAUAUACAGUUACCAUGGAUACAGAUGUUGUUGCCAUCUAUCACAAGUUCAGUGAAGAGGUAGUGUUUUACCUUUUUUACCAAACUGUAAAGCUGUUUACCCAACAAAACACUUUUUUUCCCCAGCUGAAAAUGGCAUUCGCUUUUCUGAAGGUGGGAGCGAUAGAGUGCUUCAGAUGUGCAGCAUUUAUUCAGCUGAGAUGCUAUGGUUGCAUCUGGCUGUCAUGAUAUGGAAUAUCUGGGAAAGUUAAAGCACAAAGUAGAGUACCUGCUGUGGCCCUUGCUGUAAAGAAUGAAGGGAAGGCUGAAGCACGUACAGAGAGUAGCCAGACAUGCUGGUCUGUGUCUAAACUCUCGUUGACCAGAAAAAGAAUGCCAAAAGUGCAAUGCACAGCGCAGAAAAGACCCUCAGCACCUCGUCAUGCUGCUGCCAUUUGUUAAAGUGUAAAUAUGUGGUGCUCCCACUGCAAGAAUUACUGCGCUAUGCUGAAAACACUAAAAAUGCUUGGUAGAUAAAGCCUCUAAUGGUUAACAUGCACACAGUGUAUACAGUUAAAAUCCAGUCUUCAUUCCCAAAGUCUGGCUGCUCAUUUGUUCUGUUGUUUUUGCAGCUCUGUGAACUCUCCAUCACUCUUAAAUUUACUUUCAUCUGUACAGUUUGCAGUUGCCAAACCAGGAACAGAGCUUUGCUGAGAUAAAAGAUAUGUAUCAGCUGUUUGCAUUCAAAGAAAUGGAAACUUUUACCUUAGUGAGGAGGGGUGACACAUUCUUUUAAAAGAUAUGAUUAGUUGCCCCUUUGUGAGCCUGCACAAUGUGGACACCCAGUGGAAAUGAAAUGAACUGCAUCACAAUAUGAGACUGAAAAAGUUUUCAUUGUUUGUGUGAUCACUCUCAUGACAGGUGAGACAGACUGAAGUCAUCAUUGCUGCACUGUUGCGUUUUUACAGUUGUUGAAUAUCUUAAGCUGAAAACACACCGGCGCCGCCACAGUGUGGCGCUUCAUGUGAUGCACACCAAUUGCUGGCCUGAGCAUGCACUGACUGCAUCUCACUGCAGCUCCCUCAAAGUUAUUACUACUUUUACUGAAAGAUGUAUGCUUCCUCCACCUCUGCAUGUAGCUUAAAAUCAUGUGUGGCCUCUAGUUAAACUUGAUUUGAGCUAUGACUCACCAGGCAAUGUCUUUUUUGCCAUUGUCUUUAUAAUGUUGGGAUUGUGGGUCGUUUAGCUCGGGACAUUUCUUGACCUCAGCAAUGAGUCUCUCCUCAUCCAAUCUUUGUCACACACGAGACACAGCAACAGCUACAGAGUUCUAUUUAUACAUCCAUGGUAAAGAGAGAAGUCGAGCUGCUAAGUGAGCUUGUAAGUACAAGCAGGGAGCGAGUGGGGGAAAAUGCAUUUAAUUCUGGGGGCAGCAAGGCUGGAAAUAGGACUGUGGCAUAAAGCACGGCAGGAUGGCGCGUCCAGGAGCGCCGACGUGCAUCUUGCACCGCCAGUGUGGGGUUGUACAUUAAAAAGAAUGUGCGUAUUUGGAUGUGGGGCAUUUAUUGACAGGGUGUUUUGGCCUUUAGUGUAGUGUCUCUUGGGUUUUGGGGUUACCUUUGCCAGUACUGGGUUUACUGUAAUAGAUUAUUUCCACACGCAUGUUAAUUUUUUUUUUUUUGGACUGUUUGUUAGUAUUUUGUAUAUUUAGUUUGUUUUUUAUUUGUUUUUGGGUUUUUUUGUUGAAUGUGGAUUUUUUUUUAAAUACAAACAUAAAAGGGUUAAGUUUACAAUUUAUUUUAACAGCUUACUGUGUUAACAGUAAUAAAUAAUUUCCACACACAUUUAAUUUUUCUUUUUAGAGAUGUUUGUUGGUAUUUUGUAUAUUUAGUUUUUUUGUUGUAUAUGGGUGUUUUUUUAAAUUUGUUUUUGUCAAUCAGUGAAAUGAUUUUACAUGUUUUUGGUGUUUUAACUUGGAAAUUUAUCAUUUUCAAACUAAACAAACUAAAUUAAAAAUAAAGUGACAAGAAUAUUCAUUUGUUUCAUA